UACAGUGUAAAUAUAUAGCUUUGCGCAGACAUGAGUAGAAAGGAUGCGCUUGAAUACAUUUUAAGAGACAUGGCCUGCGUCUCAAUGUGCAAACUAUCCAUCCUAAAUAGUAUGUGACACUAGUAAUAUUCAAUACUAUUUAGGGCGGAUAGGGUGGAUAGUAUGCACAUUGGGAUGCAGGGAUGAACAGUUUUGUGUUUUCACUUUAACGAUGAUCGUUUUUAUUUUAUUUUAUUAUUAUUCAUGGUGAUGACCAGUAUAUGGGUUAAUAUGUUUUGACUACAACUGUAUUUUGCAUUUUAUGUUUAAACAGAUUAUAAUAGUAUGAUUUUUGAUUAUUUUUAUGCGCAAAUGUGUCCUCGCGAGGAUGCUCGUGAACGCCGCAGAGCCACAUGAUGACGUCCAACUAAUAUAGCCUACUUUUACUGAUUUUUAUUGCAGAAAAAACAUUAAAAUGCUCGAUGUGAUUAAUUUUGCGCAGUUAUAUUUUACAUUAGCCUACGCAUUCGUCAUUUUAAUCAAGUUAUUCGGCUUUAGGCAGAUAUAGCUCGGAACGAAUCAGAUUCUCUUUUGUUGAGAGUGAGCUGCCAUGGUAACAACAGGAAGACAACACAGCCGCCUUCUGCUGCUGACACGAGAAACGACGCUUUAUCUUAAAAAAAAUUUUAAAAAAUACAUAAUUGAAUUGAGUUUUUCUGUCAGUAUGGCAUGAUGACGCAAAGGUAAUAAAGAUUUUAAAGAUGUUUGUUUUCAAAAAAGUUUGUUUCAGCUGUCGCUUUGGCUAGUUGGCCGACUCAACCAGUUUAUUAAUUGGAGGAUCAUAUAAUAACUGUUUGCCAACAUAUCAGACAUUUUCAUAUCCGCCAGAUAAAUGUUAAUAUAAUCAUAUCCAGCUCUCACCGAGACAAAAGAAAUGCUUCUGCCACCAGUAAGGGCAUAAAGAAGAUGUUUGGUGAAUGAAUAGGAUCAAAACAUGGAGAAAUAUGAGAAAGUCCUGACUCUUGGCAGAGGAGGAGCAGGUGUUGUGAUGUUGAUGAAACAUGUUGAUACAAAGAAAUUUUGUGCAGUCAAAAGAAUACAUGUGGACAGUUCCCGAAAAACAAAGACCAAAGAUGUUGUGUUGCAAGAGGCAGAUAUUCUCAGGAGCUUGAAGCAUCCUCAUAUUAUAACAUGGAUUGAAACUUUUUUUGACACAGCUAAUGAGAAUAUUUACAUUGUUAUGGAUUAUUGUGAUGGAGGAACGCUGGAUGACCACAUUAAAGAGCAGAAGAGCGGGGAAUACUUUGCAGAAUGCAAAAUUAUGGACUGGUUUGUGCAAGUUAUCAUGGCCGUCAGUUAUAUCCACUCUGAAAAGAUCCUUCACAGAGAUAUCAAGCCUUCCAAUGUGCUGUUAACCAAGAGAGGUGUGAUUAAGCUUGGGGAUUUUGGGAUAUCAAAGAUUAUGAACCACACACUGGAUAUGGCCUCCACCUGUGUGGGAACCCCCAGUUAUCUAAGUCCUGAACUCUGUCAGGAUGUCCCAUACAGCACCAAAUCUGACAUAUGGGCUGUUGGCUGCCUACUAUAUGAGCUUUGUGCCCUCAAACCAGCUUUUGAAGCUAAAAAUCUCCUAAGUCUGUUUUACAAGAUCAUAAAAGGGGAGUACAUCAAAGUCCCUGAGAGGUAUUCGGAAGACAUCCAUGCAUUAAUCGGGAAAACGCUGUCCUUGGUUCCUGAGAACAGACCGAGUGCGAGCAGCAUACUUAGUAUGACCUACGUACAAGAACAUCUGGGAAAGUUCAUCGAGCAUCAGGAGAAAGAACUUAUAAAGGUGAAUGUUGAAUCCAGACCUCAAACAAAAGAAGACUUUAAUGUAGAAAAUGCAUCUAUGGAAAGCAAAACAGAUAGUGCCUCGGCUGUCUCUGACAAGACACUGCAAACAGAGACAUCACCCUGUGCUGAGGAGGAAAUCCCCCAUGAAGGAACAGAAUCUGAUUAUUCAGAGGACUUUGACGAACAUGAUAGCUAUGCGUCCUCCGAGGACGUUUCGAGGGAAGAUGUCUCCUCCAGUCUUGCUAAUGUGGUUGAAGAGGCAUUUGAGGAAUCUAGCGUUGUGUCUGAUGAUGAGGACAUCUCUGAAUAUCCAGAUGACUUUGAAGAAGCUGAGGAUGAUGACCUGGCUGAGGUGGUCAGCUAUGCCAGAGAUGCCAUGAAUUGUGUUUCAGAAAAUGAUGCAUUUGAUGUGGAACUGGAGCUCAAAGAUGCAGGCGGUUUCUCUGUCACAAUGAAACUGUUAAAAGAGAAAUACAUGGAGGAUGUUGGAGCCUCAGUCUUUGAGGAAAUCAGUGAGCACUUUCUGAAUGGCCUCACGCCAGAAGACCUGCAGCCACAGUUCCAGCACAUGAUCGGGACAGACCAUCUGGAGACCUGCUACCUCAUUUUCAACCUUGACCAAGAGACCACAUGCUGAAUCAUGCCUGUCCAAUUUAGAGAAAGUAAUUUCCUUGUUUUAAAAGUCAGUGCUGCUGACGUAAUGAUGAAGUAUUCUAUAACUAUAUGAAGCAUUCAGUGUAUAUUAAAUACAGCAUUUUGUAAUAUAUGUAAUGAAUUAUAACUGAUUAUAAAAUAGUUUGAUCUUAUAGAUAUUUAACAUCAAGAAACCUUUAAGCAUUCAGUUUUGAAAGUGUUACCUAGUAUAACCAGUAGGUGGCACUCUAUAGUAAGAAAAUGUGUAGUUUGGCGUUACACACCAAUUCAGAAAAUGAACACAUCAUAGUUUCCCAUCUUGGUGUUAUUACAGUGACUGAAGUUUAAAACUGCUGCCUUUCUAAAUAACCUAUAUAGUGGAUACAAAAAUGCAUUAUAUCUGUGGCACCCAUUUUUCUACAUUUUUAUUUACAAAAAUCAUCUCUCAGCGUAUCCAUUAAACAAUGCUUGUAAUGUGAAAGCAGUGGAGAAUAUCAUUGCCUGCUGUGCUUUCACUCCAAAGGAAGACAUUUGCAGAAUCUGUAAAUUUAUGGGUCACAGCUGCAGUUGUUUUCCACUUAAGGCGUUUUCCCUUAAACUUGUCCAGAUUAUUCCAAGAGGGAUUUAGUCAGUGUGAUAGAGAAACUGCCAUGUGUAACUGUAUGAAUGACCCUUUCAUUUAAGAAUGUUCACAAUCUGUCCCUAGAGGAAAGUGUGUUGUCAAGCCAGCAUUAGCAUAGGAAAGCUGCAUCAAUUAUACAUUUAGCCAGUAUAAAAUGAGAUCGGUAGUAUUUGUCUGUUUUAAUAUAUCUAAAAAUGCAUUCAUUUUAUUUUGAUUUUACUAAAAACUGCAUCAGUCCCUGCCAGGUAGGGCUGAUUUUGUUGUGUAUCAUGGUAUGAGAAAUGCACUUUGGUAAACUUAAGUUAUCCACUGUAAAGAAAAACAACUCUGAACAUUAAAAAUGUAAAGUCAUUCCCAUAAAACAUUUAUUUUUAAUGUUCUGAAAGGAGUAAAACACAGACUGUGGAGUCAUUCAGGAUAGAGCUUUAAAAAUUUUCCAUAUGUCUGAUGGAUUAUGUAGCAUGUUUCGUUAUUUAUCUGCCUAUGCAUUUGGAUGAGAGACCAGAAUAGAUGCAGACAGGUCUGAGACCACUUUAAGUAGCAAUCACCUCUAUGCCUUGUCACUUUAAAACCUGUCAAUAUUUCAUCCAUAGUAAAACUAGCUACAGGGAGAGCUUGUCACUUGUGACUUCAGGGGUUUGUACAAAGUUUGAUGCAUUAUUGAUUGAUUUCUGCACGAGUGCUCCACCCUUUAGCUUAACUUUCUUCUUGAUUUUUUUGUUUUGUUUGCAUAUUAUUAAAAAAUGAGGCUAGGAUCCUAAUUAAGAGUAUUUGUUUUUGAGCUGGAGUGUUGACAUGAAAUUCUAAUAAAAAAAAAAAA